AUUUUUAGGUUGACUGACACUGAAAUGUUUACGCAUUUGCUAGGUUAAGUUGGAAUACUAUUUUUUUAUAUGAAUGUGUAAAAUGUAAUUACAAGCUUUAUGUCGUAUAGGCUGUAUUUGUAAGUUUUAAGAUAGAUAAUUUCUGUGCAAGCAUAAUUCGCCUGGGAAUGGGCCUGUCGUGAUGGAAUGAAUAUUUUGAUCAAUUGAAGUAGUAAGUAAUCCAAUGCAGUUUGGGAGAAACUAGGCUAAAUAUAAUCUUGACUACAAUCAAAACCUAAAUAAUCUUUACCUUACCACAGCCUGAUAUUUAUAUUCAGUAACUGACAAACGCUAAGAGUUAACAUUUUUAAUACUAUAAUUAAAAAUAACGCUAUCAAGUUUUCCAAUAAAUGGCUGCUAAAACUAACGGUAAAAUGGAUCCAAUAAAAGAUGAAAGAACCGGUAAAGUGAGAGAAGUAGGAACUCAGGCAAUAUGGAGCCUUUCAUCUUGCAAACCUGGUUUUGGAGUAGACCAACUGAGGGAUGAUUGUAUGGAUACUUACUGGCAGUCAGACGGGCAGCUGCCUCAUUUAGUUAACAUUCAGUUUAGACAGAAGACAACUGUGUCAGACAUCUGCAUUUACACAGACUACAAGCUAGAUGAAAGCUAUACACCCAGCAGAGUUUCUAUACGAGCUGGAACAAAUUUUAAUGAUCUUCAAGAAGUGGAAGUGAUAGAUUUGAAUGAGCCAACUGGCUGGGUGGUCAUCCCCACUAUCGACAUUCGUGAGAGACCAAUCCGAACAUUCAUGAUCCAGAUAGCCGUAAUAAGUAAUCACCAAAAUGGCAGAGAUACACACAUGCGACAGAUAAAAAUUCACUCACCUGUAGAUACUCGUUCUCUGCUAGCCAAUGAUAUUGGCAACUUUGUAACAGUGGAAUGUCAACAAUUUGCUACUCUUCGUUAAUUAUCUCUAAGCAAAUCUAAUACUUUGUACAAAAUAAAUUAUAAACUUCUUUAGUAUAACUGA